AUGUCUCAAUCUGAUCAUUUUGCCGCAUCAUCUAAUCCUCAAAACCUUGAUCAGUUUCACUCAAAACUUAAACUUCAAUCCCUUGAGAUCAUUAACCAAAUUUUUCCUCGGAAAAUUUUGGAAUUAAGUAAUUUAUUACAAUAUCAAAAAGAUAGUUCCGUAACUAAUCUUAAUUUUUCUCCUUUGGUUCAAAAUGAUGAUGAUGAUGCAAAAUCUCGUAAACGACGUAGAAAUGAGAUCAAUGAUCACUCUCAGAUUGUUGAAAACGUAAAAGACGUUGAAAGUGUCUUGUGUGAUGCUAUUCAUAUGACAAAUAACGAUAAUACUGAUAAUAACGACGAUAGUAUAAUGUGUUUGAAUAAUGGAAAUGAUUAUUUUCGUAUCAAGGAGUUACAUAAAAUUCUUGAAAACGAAGUUGCUUGUUUCGCUGGAUAUUGUUGUAAAUUGAGAGCUUGGGUUACUCUUAAAUAUCCAAGAAUUGGUGCUGAAGAAAAUCCAAAAAUUUCUGCUCAAGAAGAAUUAUCACGCGUUGAAGACAGCUCGUUUUUAUUCUUAGACAGCAUUACAAGGUAUUAUGUCGCUCGUACCAAAUUAUGCAA